ACGCUAUGCGCGGUAGGGAUUGAGCUGUAGGAGAUGAGCGAGUUCGUUCCAUUCUGCAUUGAUUCCUAGUCGAGUGAGCGAGCCAUUUUUGUUUCUUCCGAAAUCAAAUCAAUCUUGUUCGUUUUUUAAUACAUAUUAACUAAAAGAAAAUGAGGGAAAUCGUCCAUGUUCAAGCUGGCCAGUGCGGUAACCAAAUUGGAUCGAAGUUUUGGGAAAUAAUUUCUGAUGAACAUGGAAUUGACCCAACGGGAGCUUACCACGGAGAUUCUGAACUCCAAUUAGAAAGAAUAAACGUGUAUUACAAUGAAGCGUCAGGAGGAAAUUACGUUCCACGAGCCGUUCUGGUUGAUUUAGAACCAGGUACAAUGGACUCUGUAAGAUCCGGUCCGUACGGUCAGCUUUUCCGCCCAGAUAACUUUGUCUUUGGACAAUCGGGAGCUGGUAAUAACUGGGCUAAAGGUCAUUAUACCGAAGGGGCGGAAUUAGUUGAUUCUGUUUUGGAUGUUAUCCGUAAAGAAGCCGAAUCGUGCGAUUGCCUCCAAGGAUUCCAAUUGACACAUUCUUUGGGUGGUGGUACUGGAUCUGGAAUGGGAACGUUACUUAUUUCAAAAAUUAGGGAAGAAUAUCCAGAUAGAAUUAUGAAUUCUUAUUCUGUUGUUCCAUCGCCAAAAGUAUCAGAUACAGUUGUUGAACCUUAUAACGCUACUCUUUCUAUUCAUCAAUUGGUUGAAAACACAGAUGAAACUUUCUGUAUUGAUAAUGAAGCUUUAUAUGAUAUCUGCUUCAGAACGUUAAAAUUACAAACACCAACUUACGGCGAUUUGAACCAUUUGGUAUCGCUCACUAUGUCUGGAGUCACCACUUGUCUUCGUUUCCCUGGUCAAUUAAAUGCAGAUUUAAGAAAACUUGCUGUAAAUAUGGUUCCAUUCCCACGUCUUCACUUCUUCAUGACCGGAUUUGCUCCGUUAACCUCUAGAGGAAGUCAACAAUACAGAGCUUUAACCGUACCAGAACUUACUCAACAAAUGUUUGAUGCCAAAAACAUGAUGGCCGCUUGCGAUCCAAGGCAUGGAAGAUAUUUAACGGUAGCUUCUAUUUUCAGAGGUAGAAUGUCUAUGAAAGAAGUGGAUGAACAAAUGCUUAACAUCCAAAAUAAGAAUAGCAGCUAUUUCGUUGAAUGGAUUCCAAAUAACGUUAAAACCGCUGUUUGCGAUAUUCCACCCAGAGGGUUAAAAAUGUCCGCAACAUUUAUUGGAAAUUCAACAGCUAUUCAAGAAUUAUUUAAACGCAUAUCCGAACAAUUUACUGCUAUGUUCCGUAGAAAGGCUUUCUUGCAUUGGUACACUGGCGAAGGUAUGGAUGAAAUGGAAUUUACCGAAGCCGAAUCGAACAUGAACGAUUUAGUCUCCGAAUAUCAACAAUACCAAGACGCAACUGCCGACGAUGACGUUGAAUUUGAAGAAGAACAAGAAGGUGAAGUCGAAGAAAAUUAAGCGAACCCAUAUUCGAAUAAUACUAACUUUUUUUUUUAAUUAUUAUCUUGUUUCAUAUUUUUGUACAGUUUGCAAAUUCUUUAGAAUGUUAACGCAUUAAACCAAAUCAAAACUGAACGUGUUUUACUGUGCAUAUUUCUUAAUUUAAAUUUGUUUUGUUCCGUCUGUUUACACGUUAUUGUUAAGAAAUUAUAGUAUAAAGGAAAAGCACUGAUUGUAAUUUAUAAUGAAUAAAGAAAUGCAUUUAUGUCGUUGGCGAGUUAAGAGUAAGAAUGUAUCCGUUAAAAAAGUGUUGUUCAUAUUUUUUUUGCACAUUAAAGCAUUUUUAGGUCUGAUUAUACUUUGCUCAAUAAAUCUUUGUAUUUUGUUGCUACGUUUUCAUAUUCGAACAAGUCGAGUUUUGAUAUAACUUGGUUAUUAAUGUUCGCAAAAUUCUAAGUUCACAUAAUAAAACAAUAUUAAACUAUA